GACGUAGUUGCAGUUACAAAACCAUUCCCGACUCUCCUGCGACCCCGCUGCAUCUGGGGGCGUGGGGUGUGCUGCCCAGGGGCUCACCAGGGACAGGGCUACAAGAGGAGCCAGUGGGACGAGAGAGGGGACCUCCUGGUGACCAGGGCACUUUCUUCUUCAUGCAACUGUCCUGGGAAGAUCAGCUUCAGGGGAUGGAUCCAAAAGGAGCGUGAGAUGCCAAGACACUGACACUGAUCUGCCUGAGCCCAGCUGGAAAGAGAGCCCUUGCCUGCUGCUUCACCAAAGUUAACACCAGGGACAACGUCCCACCACCUGCCCAGCGUCCAUGGAGGUGAACCACAUGUCCCCACCUCCCGCACUACCCACACCGACCACCGAUGGAGAAGACUUGUGCGGGAUAGAUGUCUCUGACAUGGCCGUAGACACUGUCACGCUGUUCAUUUGCCUCUGUGGGCUGGUGGGGAACGGGGCCGUCCUCUGGCUCCUCGGCUUCCGCAUCCGCAGGAUGCCCAUCACUAUUUACAUCCUCAACCUGGCCGUCGCCGACUUCACCUUCCUCCUCUUCAUGGUCGCCUCAGCCCUCCUCUACAUGAUCUACAACAUCUCCUGCUCUAUCACUGUGUCCUUGAUGUACCUGAGGUCGCUUUUCCUGCUCUCACUCUUCUCCUACAACAUGGGUUUGUACCUUCUGACAGCCAUCAGCAUCGAGAGGUGUGUGUCCAUCCUCUGCUCCAGCAUCCACCGCCCCCAGCACUUGCCAGCCGUGGUGUGCGCCCUGCUCUGGGCCCUCUCCAUCGCUGUCAUUGCUGCAGUGACUUCUCUGUGCCUGUCGCAGGAGCACCAUCACUGCCAGAUAGCUCUUAUCUCCAUGUAUGGCCUCAACUUCCUUAUUUUUGCCCCACCCAUGGUCAUUUCCAGCACAAUCGUCUUCAUCAAGGCCCAGUGUGGCUCCCAGCAGCACCAACCCAAGAGGCUCUACAUCGUUAUCUUCCUCUCCGUCCUCUUCUUCCUCCUCUUUGCUCUUCCUCUCAGCAUCUGGAAUUUCCUGCAGCAGUUUGGCUACAGUGUUGUGCCCUCCCAGGUUGUUUUCCUGCUCGCCUGCAUCAACAGCAGCACCAACCCUUUCAUCUACUUCUUGGUGGGGAGCUGCUGGAGGCACUGCUCCUUGGUGUCCCCCCAGGUUGCCUUCCGGAGGGUCUUUGAGGAGCCAGAAGACAACACAACAUGCAGCAAUGAUACUACAAUGGACACGCUGGCCCCAGCUUGUUGAAACCUUUCCACCACUCUGCUUAAGGCCCCCGGGACAGUGGCUGAGGGUUUCCUUGAGUAAUCAGAUUAAUAAAUGUCUGCAGUAUUUCCCCCGA